AUUCAGAAAGAGGAAUUUACGGAAGAACAAUAACCGUGGAGUCGCAGAUAGGGGGAGGAGGGACACUUGUUUAAGAACGGGGAGGUCAUGUCGCCUUGCUGCCCAUGGAGAAGGAAAAAGAGAAGACGACGGCAGGAGUCCCGUUCGAAAAUUUCUUUCUGAGAACAAAAUAACUAAAUAGAAAACCUAAAGACAUGCUCGGUUGGUGAAGAUGAGCGGAAUGCUAAUCGUUAUGUAAAUAGGAGACCCAUUCCGGCGACUCGUUUUCUUGUUAACGUUACACUGCUGGAUAUCUUGCGUAUUUUUCACAUUUUACUGUGCUUUACAAGGCCAAAGUUUUAAUUGUCUCAUCCAGAGGAAGGGAAACGAACAUUUUUAUUUCACUUUUAUGCACUGGCCUUCCUGUCAGGUAUCGUCAGUCUUCCCGGCUAUGGACUUUUUAUUUUCGGAUGUGAGCCUGGAAUCUACUUUGAACAAAAAGAACUUCUCGCGAUGAUGUGGAAUCAGUUUAUUAAUCUUUUUCUGAAGGCACGUGGAAUUUUUAUUCCGCCUGGGAAGGUGGCUACUCCGCCCCUUUGUUUUGUGUUUCUUUUCAGUGUCCCACACACUGAGGGCGUUUGAUAACAUGGACCGAAAUAAGUAGGUCGCUCGAGAUUUUAGAAGGAGAUCUGUUUAUUUCUCUGUGUGACAGACACAGGCUCAAGAUGAUGUUUACUUAGGCGAGUGCGUUGUAGCUUUUUUUUUUUUCUAAUUCCGUUUUUGCACUUUUCUCCUGCUCAGGAUGGAUACCAGCACAGUGCCGCGCAGUGAGCCAUUGCUCCAUGAGCUGACAAAUCCUAAUGCACCGGGGAUCUGUAACGAAAUGUUGGACGUAGCCCAGGAAGCAUUUCAGGUUGGGAACUACGAGCUGGCCGCCGAGAUCUAUGGUUCCCAACUAGUGGACUUGGCAGAGCCUGAUCGGGGACUGUGUCUGCGCAAAGGGGACGCGCUAGCCAGGGCUGGCAGAGUCGCCGAAGCUCUGGACUCCUACCGCUGCGCUGCUGGAGUAAACCGAUUGCGGCCAGAAGAGCUUAGAUUACUAGUGGAGAGUAUCGCGCAGAACCUACGGGACAAGGAGCUUAAGCUACCUCCCCCGGAGCGCUGUAGCAACGACACUGGGGAUGGGGAAUUAGAACGUUUUACCAGCCUUCCGGACAGCGAGGACUCAAUGGACAUGUUUUCCUGUCGGUUAUGUGGGCUGCUGCUGACAGACCCCACGACACUGCAGUGUGGCCACACAUACUGUAAACGGUGCCUAGAGAGCGAGGAGAUGUGCGACUGUAGAUUGUGUAAGCACAAACUGAGCAAAAAAGUUGCAAAAGUAUGCUCCAUGGGCUUCCGAGCUAACGUGCUUCUAUGUGGUUUAAUGGACAAGUGGUUUGAGAAGGAGAGCAGAGCACGCCGGUGCUGUCUCGAGGGAGAUGUUCUGUGCCGGAAGCAGCAGGACUUCACUGGUGCUCUCGCAAAGUACAACCAUGCAGUUGAUCUAGUACCUUCUAACUACAUUGCAGUAUGUCAGCGUGGUGAACUACACUUAACAAUGAAAAAUUACAUCCAAGCUGUACAAGAUGGUGAAAAUGCAUGCAAGUUAAAACCAUUGCGGCCCAAGGCACACUAUUUGAAGGCCACUGCACUGAACAAAAUGGGCAGAUGUGAAGAGGCCUUGAAAGAGUUUUUAUUUUGUGCAGCUCUCAGACCAGACUGGAGUUCUGUUAAACUUGAAGCACAAAAGUUCUUCUUGCAGAUUCUUUGUGAAAUGUUUUCUUCAGUGUUUGAGAAUGACAGAUUGCCAGUUUCUCGUCCUACCUUAUCAUCCUAUAUGCGCCUGAAAUCUUCUGUGGUAUCCACUGAGGAGGAACUGAAUGCUGAAUGCUCUGAGGUAUCUACAUUUGCAGUGUUCAAGAGUGGUUCCUGUGAGAACAGCAGAUACAGCAGUAUUGAUUCAUUAAAGCCUAAACAAACUGUCAAUAAACUGCAACUUUGUUUUGAUGAUACAAAGGCACUGGGCUCUAUCCUUCCUUGUCUUCCUGAACCAAGUCGCAAAAGGAAAUGUUUUAAUGACUGUGAAGUACCCUGUAAAAUGCUCAAGCAAGCAGAUGAAAAUUGCUCAACUUUGAAAACCACAGACCAAAAAAUAUCACGAGAUGUUUCCUUGGAACUUGUUGACUCAUCUGAUCUGGAGUGCUCUCUCUGUAUGAGGUUAUUUUAUGAGCCAGUUGCAACUCCCUGUGGCCACACGUUUUGUUUGAAAUGUCUUGAACGUUGCCUUGACCACAAUCCUUACUGUCCACUGUGCAAGGAGAAUCUUUCAGAGUAUUUGGCUACCAGAGCUUACAACAAGACCUUUCUGACUGAAGAGAUAAUCAAUCGUUACCUAUCAGAAGAGCUGACUGAACGAAAAAAAAUUUAUGAUGAAGAAAUGAAAGAGCUAUCAAACUUAAAUAAAGAAGUUCCCAUAUUUGUUUGUACAAUGGCUUUUCCUACAAUCCCUUGUCCUCUGCAUGUCUUCGAACCACGAUACCGCUUGAUGAUCCGAAGAUGCAUGGAAACUGGCACCAGACAAUUUGGAAUGUGCAUUGCAGAUGAGUUGAAAGGAUUUGCUGAUUAUGGCUGCAUGUUAGAAGUUCGAGAUGUGAAAUUCUUUCCAGAUGGGCGAUCUGUUGUUGACACGAUUGGCGUUUCCCGAUUUAAAGUUUUAAGCCACAGUCAACGGGAUGGAUACAAUACUGCCAAAAUUGAAUAUUUGGAAGACAGGAAGACUGAAGGUGAAGAAUAUGCUGAGCUGGUUCGCCUGCAUGACUCUGUGUAUGAUCAAGCCGUCUCAUGGUUUACCUCUUUAAAGGAUGCAAUGAAGAAUCAAAUACUCAGCCACUUUGGGCCCAUGCCAGUAAAAGAGUCAGACCCACAAGCUAGUCCCAGUGGACCUGCCUGGUGCUGGUGGUUAUUGGCAGUACUCCCAUUAGAAAACCGUGCACAGCUAACUAUUUUGGCAAUGACUUCUUUAAAGGAUCGGCUGAUUGCUGUAAGGCGCGUCUUAAUUUUUGUCACAAGAAAAAGACCUCGGUGACAACAGGAUACCUUUAGGUCAGAAUGAUGCAAGAUUCUUUGAUUGAAGGGAUAAAGGAUAUAUAGAAAUCGAAAAAUAAAAGGAUUUUCAUAGCUUUAUUUCUUAGUUUUCAUAUUUAGCCUUGUGCCUGAUCACUGUUACAGACCUGAUCUCAUUUUACUAAAUUGACUUAAGGACCAGAGCACCCUAAGUGGCCUAUUUUGACAUACAGAAAUGCAUGUCAUCUGGUAAUGAUUGUUACUGAUGCAAGACCUGGGCAAUGGAUGUAUGCAACAGUUAUUCAUCUUAUUUUCAGAUGCUGCACUAUUUUUGGUUCUUGGUAGCUUUUCUUCAUUACAUUACCCUGUGAAGCCUGUCAUACCCUGAAAGGCAUAUUAGUGCUUCCAGAAUCAAUACCAAACACUGUUUGCAUAAAUGAGAAAUGUUAGGUAAGUAUUGUACUGUCUUAAGCAAAGGCAGAGUUAUUGAAAUCUAUAGACUGAUUUUCAAUAGGGAAGCACGUGUUUAAACGUUGGGACUUUUUUGUAUAUUAUGUAACUCCAGCCAGCAUGCAGAAAUUUCUACUUGUACUUUUUCCAUAAUGUUUGUUUUUGUGACUUUCAUGAACUGUCUUACUGUAUGUGAUUAACAUUAGCUGCAUUAUAAAAAUAGUUCCUAUUGAAAAUUAAUUCAUUGUAAUGUGAUUGUUUAGUCUUUAUACCCUUCCUCCCUCUCACUGUCUCAGGUGUCCUCCUUACUGUGACUAAGUAGCAAUACUACAUUGUGCUGUGUUUUUCCUUCUUAUUUGGUUAUGUUUUGCAACGAAAGGCCUGUUUAUUAAAGAGAGUCAACAUUUUUCUUAUAGAAUUCAUUAAUGCGGACUUAAAGUGUUUUGCAGUAAAUUUGCAUUUUCAGUGGUGAAUUAUGUUUAAAAGUACUGCCAGUAUUAAAUUGCAGACUGAGAGAGUGCUGAUAGGCUUGUUAUCUUUUGGUUUAAUAAAUCACAAACUCCAAAUCGGAAAGAGAAUUAUAAAGGAAGAUGUUACAUUCUAGUUUUGUUUCAAUUCAAGUUUUCAGUAUUGUUUUUAUCUCUGUUUUCGAAGUAUAUUAUUUUAUUGAUGAAAAUCUUACAAAGCAUGAGUGUUGUCUUUCUCCCUAGAAAAUAUAUUGUCUAAUGGUAUUUGCCAAAACGAGGUGUGUAUUGAAUUCACUUUAAAAUCUAGAAGGUAUUUUAGGGGAAAAUUCAUCUAACAUCUCGUGUCAUUUCAGCAAACUUUAUUCAACUGUAUAUAAACUGCAUAUAAACCGUGCCAUUUGGAUGCAGUAUUGAGCAGAGUUAAUCCUAAAAUGUUGUGAUCAAAUGCAAUUUAAAAUUUAGAUUUGAAUUAACAAAUAAUUGAGGAUCAGAGUUAUUAAUUGAUAUGGUAAUAUUUUUGGAUUAAUCGCAGCUCUGUUUUUCUUAUUUCUGUGAUCCGAAUAACCACUUUUGAUUACAUCAUCAUAAUGAAAAAUAAUGAAUUAAUACUGAAUGAAUGAAUGAAUUAAUUAAUACAACUUUAUUGUUUUAUAUUUAUUUGGCUGAUGAUCAUCCAGUUUUCACUGUUAAUGGACAAUUGAUCAAUCUAAUAAUAACUGGACAAUUUUAGGUGAAAUAUAUGAAAAGAAAACAUUCCUGCACAUUUUCCUAAUUUUGACAUAUUAAUAAAUAAAAUCAAAUUUAGCAACAGCUUUAUUAAGGCAAGUGAUGAAAGAAACACAACUAGUUUUUAAGCUGAACUAGUCUUAACUGUUUUCUUUCUCUCUCUCAUCCAUUCACUCCCUCUGUCUCCUUACAUAAUGUAACACUGAGUAGCACGAUCGCAGCCAUCAAUUCUUCCAGUGUUUGAACAAAACCUUACAUAGCACUAUAACAACAAAGAGCAAAAGAAUUGCAAAUGUGACACAGUCAACCCUGUUUAACAUGGGGAUCACUUAACUUGAAAUGACACUAUGGGUCUCACAUGUAAAUAACAGGCAUGCUUUUACUAAUAAUACCUGAACAUUGUACCAACAUAUGCAACAGACUGCCAAGGUGAACCACAUCUAGCAUGGUAAACCGUAGGCAAAAGAAAGUUGGAUCCACAUCUUCAGGUCAAGGGCUGAGCCCCAUAUAGGUUAGAGAGGGAGACUAGGUUGGGGAUUCACCUUGAAAACAAAUCUGUAGAUUUUGGUGUUCUUCAGUUAAUCAAACACUUGUCUGAACCACUGCCACUUUAUAAAAACUGAAAACGUAAGCUGAUCUGAGGCCUUUUACGAACUGGAAUCAAGUUAUAAGCAUGAUUUAAUGAUGAACAAACAGAUUAAAACAAGGGAUGAAAAGGUAAAAUGUUUGAAAAAUGCUUUGUUAUCCUCUUUCAAAUUCUAUGUUUACUAUCACUACACUGUGACAUCUUGUUUUUUUUAUUUCCAAUUCUGUAUUCUUAAAAAUCCAAAUCCAAUUGACAUGAUGUGUGUGAAGAACAUGUGUGAUUUGUUUUAAUCUCGUGAAACCAGAUAAGUAUUUUUGUUUUUCUGUAAAUACAUUGUUUCUAAAUUUCUCUCUGUAUAUCUCAUCCUGUCUUCCUUCUAUUAACAAUUUAAUUGAAAGUAAUUUACUACACUGUUCUAGUGAUGUGGAAACUCUUUGUUUUUGCAAUUAGAAGUCUUCAGUGUUCAACUUAUUAAUGUAAUGUAUAGUUUCAUGUUACCCAGUUCAAAGAAACCAUUUUCUAAAAGGAAUUUACAUAAGAUUAUCUGUUUUUAUUUUUAUGGGUUUGAAACUAUUAUGUUUGUUGUUCCUACUGGUCAUGCUGUGAAUUACCUUGUAGUUGAGGAAACCAAAGUAUGGCAGGCAUCAUAUGGUUCAAAUUAAGAGCAAUUUGUUACCUUUCUCUUUAAAUACUUCUUUAGUUUAUGUAUAUAUGAACUUGUUGGUCAGUGACCAUUUUGUUUCUACCUCAUUAGGAACUACACUCAUUAUUUUUUUCACCAUCUUUUGGAUGGCAUCUUUAUCUAAAGUGACAAUUUUUUUUUUUUUUAUUAAGUCCAUUUAAGAAAUACUCAGUGGACAGUUAUCUUCAUAUCAAUGGUAACAAAUCCAUGCUAACUAACCACUGUCUGAUUUAAUGUUAGUACUUUAUAAAUGGUUAGUAAUUUUUUACCCUCACCUGGAGAUACACCAUGAACAUGUAGUUGAUGUUCUAGUAAAGAGAGGAUAUUUUUCCCUGUAUUCACAUUGUAGAUCAGCCUUUCCAAUAAAGGUUCAUAAUCUUAACACAUAUAAAAUGUGUGUGAUCCUUUGCAAUACGUUAAAGCAAGAGAAAAAGAAGUUGUUCGUAAGUUUGUUGAAGAAAUCACCCCACAAAUUAGGCAGCUUUCCAAUCAUAGUAGUAAGGUCACUGCAGUGCCAUGUCUUCUUUCAUCUUUCACUGAUACAUUGUCUAGCAGGUGUUUAAUGCAUCCAUCAAUUUUGGGAGCCAAGACUAGACUAGACAGCUAAACCACUCAUUUUACCACUCUGUGACUUGGCAGGGAAGUACAAGGAUGUUGGUUCAAGUCCAGGAGAAGCCAGUUUGUAGCAGGUGCAAUUUGAACAUGUUGCCUAAAUUUCAUUCUGUAAAUGUUUAAGAAAAUGUAAUAAAAAAGGAACUUCCUGGCAAAUGAAAAGAGUAAGAAAUUCUAAUCUGCUAAAAGUGUGUAUAUUGUCAUGAUGCAGGAGAAUGUAGGUUUAAUUCCCAAAAUAAGUGACUUGUUUUUGGAUUUAGGGGGAACUAAAAUAUUGUGUUAUUUGUCUUAGUUACCCAGUAUGAACAUAAAGCUUACACUGUUGCAUAGGUCUGCAUACAUUUCAUUUGUUAAUACAUAUAUCAUUUCAUUUUGAUUUACAGCAUACAAAACAUCUUAGUAGCAAUUCCUUAAGCCUUAAAUUUUACAAUGGGAGUUUCACACAGAAACUAUUAAAAGAAAUACUCAGAACAUUAAAUUUGAAUAUUGUUUUUUCGAUUAUGAGCAACAAAUAUGUGUGAAUGUGUUUUUUUAGAAAAGUGUAUUAGUGCUUCUAAAUGACAUAAACCUGCAUUUCCUUUGCUUAUUUUGCUUUGUUUUCUACUUAUAAAUUAAUAAAUGACAAAGAAAUUUGAAGUUUUCCCUUAUUUGCCAUUCAGUACCUUUUUCAAUUCAUAUGUGUCUGAUGAAUGGACCCUCACAGUUUUUGUUAGUUUUCCUUCUGUGGUGCGUGAUAACGUGUUGGUAUUCACUGUUUUAUUUCCUUGCGUGGAUCUGCACAAUUAAAUGUAUAAUGGAGGCCUUUAUGUAUGUAUUUUCUAUGUUAACACUUUCUGCACCUGUAGCCUGACCAACCAUGUAAAUUACUGGACAGUCUCUUGUGUUUUUGAUUGUCUUCACUAUUGUUUUAUUCUGAAAUACUCCAUGUAUCACAAUGCGUAUUUAUAUGAAAAUAAACCUACAUUAACUUAUGAUGUAUUUCAAAAUAAAAAAUUAUUUGGUGCUUUUAA